CGCAACUCAAUAGCUGCCGACUACCGGACCAUGCGGGUGAUUUGUAGCGGGCGUAGCGCGGAACCUCCGAUCACGGUACCGACAAGACUCGCAGGUUCCGGAUUCUUUCGUUAGCUAACACAGGUAGCUAUGCCUGCGUAGGUAAUCAACUAGGUAGAUAAGCGGGACUUGCUCAAUGACUCUAGCUACCUCAAAUGCCUCCAAGAUUCGUCCGAUUCCAGACUGCGAUCCCUAUUAGACUCACUUACAACCCCCCUCCAAGUCUCAACCACAACCACAGCAACACCACCACCUCCUCCCCCAUCCGGAGCUUCCACCAAUCUCCGCCCGCAAACAUGCGCAUCCCAUACGUCCCGAACCCUCCACCGGCGUCGACCCCCGAGGCCGACAAGGCUGUGUACGAGCGCGUGGCGGCCCGCCGCGCCCCGCGCCCGCUGCAGCCCCUGGACCUGGCGCUGCUGCACAGCCCGCCCGUGGCCGACGGUUGGAACUCGUUCCUGGGCGCGGUGCGGACGCGCUCUUCCCUGCCCGCCGACCUGCGCGAGCUGGCCAUCUGCCGCGUCGCCGUAGUUAACACCGCCUGGUACGAGUGGAUGCAUCACGCCCCACUGGCCCGCGAGGCCGGCGUUGCCGAGAGCGCCAUGGAGAACUUUGUGAAGCGCACCGAGCCGCUCGUCGGCUCGAACCCAUCGCAGGACGGCCUGCUCUCGGAUAAGCAGUGGGCGGUGCUGAGGUACACGGACGAGAUGACGCGCAACGUGCGGGUCGCCGACGAGACGUUUGACCUGCUCAAGAGCCUCUUUUCGGAGCGUGAGGUUGUCGAGAUCACGGCUACCGUUGCGUGUUAUAACUGCGUAAGCAGGUUCCUGGUUGCGCUGGACGUCGGGGAGAAGAAUGGCGUAGGGCCCGAUGACAGCGCACACUAAGUGAACCAGUCCAGUCAUUCGCAUGUCUUGCUCCUGUGGCGAUUAGACGGUACCUGUAGUUACAUGCAGCACGCGGCAUUGUACAAAGCCAUAAUGUGUGACAUGCCAGCUAGUGACGGCCAAAUCGACGCCAUGAUGUAAUUUUCGGCGUGUUACUUCGCCUAGCUAUAAACAAAUAGUCGAAUCGUUUCAGUACAUGUCAAAGUCGUGAAAACAUAUUACCCAGAGCCUGCUCCUCAGCUGCCAUCAACGGUGAUGACAGUGACAACUGACAAAUCCUGUGGGUAGAUAAGCAAAACAUAAUAAUGCAAACAAAAGGAGAAUUCGUAAACCCAGCUCGACCUAGUCG